UAAUUACAGAAGAGGAUUAUUUAGUAUUUCAUCAAUCAUGCUUAAUCUGAUUAGAAGUUGAUCAAAAUCAUUGUUAACCAGAAGUGUACAGCAACGUUUACUUUAGAUUUAUGUCUCUCCGUAUAUAUAUUCACAAGAAAGCGACAGCCUUUUUCUCGUCGUCUUUCUUGUAUUGUUAAUUGAUUUGGUUUCAAUUAUAGCAACCCAAAAAGAUGUCGAGCAGCGAUGAAUUCGUGGAGGACAUGAAUGUGAAUGGGGAUUCGUCUGGAACGGUGUACCGGAGGUUCAAGGAUCGAUCCGAGGUAUAAUUAAAGUGGCGAAAACGAAGGAGAUGUUGUCUAAACAAGCGGUUCAAACGAAGGAGAUGUUGUCGAAACAGGCUGUUAAGAUCGUUAAACAAGCUGAAGAACACGAACGCUUUAUCAACAAGGUGACACAUCUUUUGGGAGUUCUCGGGUUCGGAGCGUUUUGCUUUCUCUUGGGAGCAAGACCACAAGAUAUUCCCUAUGUAUAUUGUUUGUUCUAUGUCACCUUUGUUCCUCUUCGAUGGAUAUACUACCGCUUUAAGAAAUGGCAUUACUAUCUCCUGGAUUUCUGUUAUUAUGCGAACACAAUCUUCUUGGUUGACCUUCUUCUGUAUCCUAGGAAGGAAAAGCUUUUCAUGGUUUGCUUUUCGUUUGCUGAGGGGCCACUAGCAUGGGCACUCAUUGUUUGGCGUUGUAGCUUGGUUUUUAGUUCCGUGGACAAAAUUAUUAGUGUCCUUAUACAUCUUUUACCUGGAAUAGUUUUUUUCACAAUCCUAUGGUGGAAUCCUGCAACCUUUGAAGCCAUGCAUCCUGAAGGUAAUUCUCACAGAAUUUCAUGGCCGUAUGUAGAAGACAAGUCUUACCUAUGGACUUGGCUGUUUUGGGUUCCCUUAGUUGCUUAUACCCUCUGGCAAGUUCUUUAUUUCCUCAUUGUCAAUGUGCUACGUCGCCAGAGGCUGUUAAGAGAUCCUGAAGUCAUGACUUCUUACAGGGAACUUUCUAAAAAAGCCCAGAAAGCAAACAAUGUAUGGUGGCGUUUAAGUGGGUUGCUCGGGGAUCAAAAUCGUAUGUUGAUGUACAUUUUACUUCAAGCCAUUUUUACUGUGGCAACAAUGGCACUCACAGUCCCUAUCUUCCUGUCAUAUGAAUUCCAUGUGAUUUUCCAAAUACUCAAGGUUUCUGCGUCUGUAUGGAAUGGAGGAAGCUUUCUGUUAGAAGUAAUGCCUAGACAGGUGAUUGUGAAGGAGAAAAAGAAAUCGGAGAAUCAGAUGCAGCCAGUAUUACAAAGUCAACAAGAUCAACCUUCAAAUUUAAUGGAAAAUCCAAUGAAGGAGAGCGAUUCUUCCUAGACACACCAGUCCUUAUAGCCCCAUAAAUAGUUACGAAAACCAUUACAAAUGAGUGAAUCCUACUAGCUGUUGAUUGUAUGCGAGAACAACAUGGAUAGUGUGUUUAUGUUGCAGCUCAAGGACAAGGACAACAGUUAUUGGUUUCAUUAGACAGUCCUAACAUGUAGUUUUGAUUGAGAAUCUGUAAUAAUUUUAUCAACUUUCCUCAAACUGAACUUCCUAGAAUUAAAAGCAAAGCUUUAAUGUUUGUAAAUAUAGUAAGAAAUGUUUUGUCAAAAUCAGGAAAUGCUCAUUAGUAUUUCUCUACCUUUAAUUUACAGGGUUUGACAUGCAGUCAUCAUAUCCUA